CAGUUGGCGAAGUGGAAGCCCCGCCGUCAAUCAAAUUAGGAAAAAAACAAACUGGACUAAAGCGAGCGCAGGCACCGAUUAAAAUAAUCAUGCUCGGAGUGUAAUUAAACGCCGAUAUCAGUCUUCUGUAAAGAACUCACGUAAUGACCGCGCCUGAAGGGCCAGUGAAAGCGGGAGUCAUGGCGGACAGCAGCAGCGCUCAGGACGGCGGCGGCGCGGAGCAGGACGGACAGCCCUCACCGCUCGCCCUGCUCGCCGCCACUUGCACCGGCCUCGGUUCGCCCGCCCCCGGAGCAGAGAACGGGGCACACUCUACUAAUGUUGCUGCUGGAGUGAACGCAGACCUCUCAGUGCAGUUAACAGGGUCAUCUGAAAGGUGGGAGGCGGUAAAGGAUGACUCGGGUGUCCUGCAUCUCCCCGGCACGGGUAUCGUCACGUCCAACGGACAGUAUGUUCUUCCUCUCCAGAGCCUCCAGGGUCUCCAGAACCAACCCAUCUUACUCACGUCAGGGACCGACGCGUCCGGCGGCGCAGUGCCUAACAUCCAAUACCAAGUCAUCCCUCAGGUGCAGACGGCCGACGGGCAGCUGGGUUUCUCUGCCUCUGCCGUCGAGGGGGCCUCCAUGGCGCAGGACGCCGCAGGGCAGAUCCAGAUCCUCCCAGACGGCACCCAGACCAUCAGCGUCACGGGCACGGCGCCCGGUGACGUUCUCAGCAACAGUCAGAACCUCAUGACCCAGUCUGGCCAAGUGCACCACAUCCCGCAGGUGUCUCUGGGAAGCUCUGCCUUCAGCAGUCAGGGUCAGGUGGUCACUAACGUGCCUCUGGGUCUGCCUGGUAACAUUACCUUUGUGCCCAUAAACAGCGUGGAUCUGGACUCUCUCGGGCUCUCGGGAGCCCAGCCAAUCGCCACCGGCGUCACGGCCGACGGACAGCUCAUCAUGACCAGUCAGAGCAUGGAGAACUCUGAGGGCUCGGAGAAAGCAGGGGAACAGCAACAGACACUCAACUCUAAUGCAACCGCAGACAUGUUUGUGCCUACCACAUCUUCAGCAUCCGCCUCGUCCUCGCAGCAGCCGGCCAGCACGAUAGACGGCACGGGCGUGCUGACGCAGUCUGCCGGGGGAGAGCAGGGAGAUGGGUCGGGCUACCUCAGUCAGGGCGCGGUGCAGGUGUCUGGAGGACAGCAAGUGAUCCAGUUACAGCAGUUGCCCUUGCAGACGGGGGAUGGUCAGGUGACUGCUCAGGCCCAGCAGUCUCUGCAAAACGUCCAGCUCAUUAACCCAGGAACAUUCCUCAUCCAGGCCCAAACCGUCACUCCAUCAGGACAGAUACAGUGGCAGACCUUCCAGGUCCAAGGAGUUCAGAACCUCCAGAACCUUCAGCUCCAGACGGCUCCAACUCAGCAGAUUACUCUGGCCCCGGUGCAGACCCUGUCCCUGGGUCAGGGCGGUACACCAGUCAGCCUGACCUCAGGACAGAUGCCUAACCUGCAGUCGGUGACGGUGAACACCGUGGGCCAGGCAGGCAUCCAGUUCCAGCAGUCCGAGGACACAGACAGCACCGGAGAUAUUCAGAUUAAGGAGGAGCCUGAUUCGGAGGAGUGGCCUCUGGACAGUAGCUCUACGCUGAAUGCCAAUGACCUCUCUCACCUUCGUGUUCGUUUAGUGGAGGAGGAGAUGGAGGGAUUGAGCCAGGAGGGCAAACGUCUGCGCAGGGUCGCAUGCACCUGCCCCAACUGCAAAGAGGGAGGCGGGAGGGGAUCUAACAUGGGCAAGAAGAAACAGCACGUGUGCCAUAUAGCCGGCUGUGGGAAGGUAUACGGGAAGACGUCUCACUUGAGAGCUCACCUGCGCUGGCACUCGGGAGAGAGACCCUUUGUCUGCACCUGGAUGUUUUGUGGGAAGAGGUUCACGCGCAGUGAUGAAUUACAGCGGCACAGGAGAACACACACCGGAGAGAAGAAGUUUGUGUGUUCCGAGUGUUCGAAGAGGUUCAUGCGCAGCGAUCAUCUGGCCAAGCACAUAAAGACGCACCAGAACAAGAAAGGCGGGGGCGGAGCCGUGGUGGCCAGCGUGGGCGGGGCCAUGUCCUCGGACAACAUCAUCACGACGGGUGGUACCACACUCAUCCUCACCAACAUCCAGCCCGGCACCAUGCAGGGCCUGGCCACCGUCAACGCUACCGUAAACACGUCAGGCUCGCAGGACCAGCUGACCACAGCCGAGAUUCCUCUGCAGUUAGUCUCCGUGUCUGCCGGGGACGCGGCCGAGUGACGGCGGAGGCGCCGCGUGAAGAGGACGGACCGCUGAACAUUCUGUUAGACUGCCAAGGUUCCGCCUCUUCCUGUACGACAUCACAUCCUCUUCUCCCGAGACUUAAUUUUGACUACGUCGAUUCCACGCUCACGCAUAUACCUUGCUUUUAUACCUUUACAUAUUUACCCUCCUUUACGUAAAUAUGUAUAUUUACGUGAAUGCAUAUAUACACACACAUAUAUAUAUUUUACAAAUAUAGAAUUAUUGGGGGUUUUGUUCAUCUUUUUAUGGGGGAAGCAUUAUUUCUUGUUUUCACAUACAACACUGAAAUGCCUUAUAUUGUAUUAUAAGCUGUCGUGUACAAAGCUCGAGUUCUUCAUGGAUGUCAAGCAUCUGUUUCAGUGUGUGCUCGUUGGAAUGGGAAUAAUCGUGUUGUGUAAACGCAACGGCGGUGACAGACGGGUGGCUGAUGUUAAAAGUGAAAAUUCUCACAUUAUUUAUUCCCCCUCCCUAAUGGCAUUCCAAACUUGUGUGGUUUCUUUGAGGGAAAUUGAUUUCUUUGCAUACGACAACACUUCCACGUCUGUCGAGCUCCAGAACGGACGAGGACUAGUCCCAGAAACGUAAGCUUUUAUUGAGUGCAAGUCAUCCCGUCAGCCCUAUAACUUGCUCCUCACACAAAGCUUCAUGUAGCGUCUUCGGUCUGAACUAGUUUUGGUGGAGUGGGGGAGUAAGUAAUGGCAGAAUUUCCAUUUGUGGGUGAGCCGUUUCUUCAUUUUAAUUAUAGGUCGUAAGUGAUAUUCGUGCUGUCAGUUCUCCAUAUAAGGAGAAAGAUGUAAAACUUUGGAGAGAAGCCUGCCAUUGUGCUGUUGGGAGUCAUGAAGGUGUCCAAUAGUGUCUUUACAUGUCUCAUUUGAUUUCUUUUAUGUCGUUUUAUUUUGUGUAGGCAAACCCAGGCCCAGCAAAGGGGAAAAAUAUGAAACAAUCAUGUAAUUAAAAAGCAUUUUAUGUAUCAUAAUUCUCAAAGCUCUUGGAGUUUCAGAUCUUUCAAUAUGAAUUUGUUGCGAAUGAAGUCUUUUUUGAGCAAAAUGAUAUUUAUAUACAUUGUAAUCUGGAUUUGUGGUGUCCACAACUGCUUUUCUAAGAAAAAAAAAAAAAAAAAGAAACAACUCCCUUCGGCUUUACUUUUUUAAAGAACUGGA